AUGGGUAUGAAUCUGCGUCUGAGUCUGGGUCUGGGUCUGAAUCUGGGUCUGAAUUUGGGUCUGGGUCUGAGUCAGGGUCUGAAUCUGGAUCUGGGUCUGAAUCUGGGUCUGUGUCUAAUUCUGGGUCUGAUUCUGAGUCUGGGGUCUGAGUCUGGGUCUGAUUCUGAGUCUGGGUCUGAUUCUGGGUCUCAGUCUGGAUCUGGGUCUGUGUCUGGUCUGAGUCUGGGUCUGAUUCUGAGUCUGGGUCUGAUUCUUGGUCUGGGUCUGGGUCUGGGUCUGAGUCAGGGUCUUAGUCUGGUCUGGGGUCUGAGUCUUGGUCUGAUUCUGAGUCUGGGUCUGAUUCUGGGUCUCAGUCUGGAUCUGGGUCUGAAUCUGGGUCUGAGUCUGGGUCUGGGUUUGGGUCUGGGUCUGAGUCAGGGUCUGAGUCUGGUCUGGUCUGCAUCUGGGUCUGGUCUUAAUCUGCGUCUGAGUCUGGAUCUGGGUCUGAGUCUGGGUCUGGGUGUGUGUCUGAAUCUGGGUCUGAGUCUGGGUCUGGGUCUGGGUCAUAAUUUGGGUCUGGGUCUGAGUCUGUGUCUGGGUCUGGAUUCAGGUCUAGGUCUGAGUCUGAGUCUGAGUCUGGGUCUGGCUUUGGAUCUGUGUCUGGGUCUGAGUCUGAGUCUGAGUCUGAGUCUGGGUCUGGGUCUGGGUCUGGUUUUGGGUCUGGGUCUGGAUCUGGGUCUGAGUCUGAGUCUGGAUCUGGGUCUGAGUCUGGGUCUGGGUCUCGAUCUGGGUUCAGGUCUGGGUCUGGGUCUGAAUUUGUGUCUGGGUCUGGGACUGGAUCUGGGUCUGCGUCUGGGUCUGGUUCUGGACCUGGGCCUGGAUCUGGGUCUGGGGCUAGGUCUGGUUUUGGGUCUGGGUCUGGGUCUGGAUCUGGGUCUGAGUCUGAGUCUGAGACUGGGUCUGAGUCUGGAUCUGGGCCUGGGUCUGGGUCUGGGUCUAGGUCUGGGUCUGGGUCUGAAUUUGUGUCUGGGUCUGAGACUGGAUCCGGGUCUGGGUCUGGUUCUGGACCUGGGCCUGGAUCUGGGUCUGGGGCUAGGUCUGGUUUUGGGUCUGGGUCUGGGUCUGGAUCUGGGUCUGAGUCUGAGUCUGAGACUGGGUCUGAGUCUGGAUCUGGGUGUGAGUCUGGGUCUGGGUCUCGGGUCUGGAUUUGGUCUGCAUCUGGGUCUGGGUCUGGGUCUGAUUCUGAGUCUGAGUCUGGGUUCAGCUCUGGGUCUGAGUCUGGGUCUGUGUUCAGGUCUGGGUCUGAGUGUGGAUCUGAGUGUGGAUCUGGGUCUGGGUCUGGGUCUGGGUCUGACUGUGGAUCUGAGUGUGGAUCUGGGUCUGGGUCUGGAAGUAAUUAUAGCGUGA